GGUCUAUUAAAUAUCAUUUGAAGUAGCCCGACUGGUCUAGUGCUCAAAAAAGUAAAUGUCAAACCCUGUAAUAUCACUGAGGAGAGUUCCCCCUUUCUCUCUCGGCUACUAAACAGCCUAUUGAAAACUUUUGGCCAAGUUCAUUAUUGACCAAAAAUGUUUGUUUUUCAAGUUUCCAUAAGAAUUAUUAAGUACUUUUCCAAAACAAACCGCAUUCCCUAUGUGUACUGAGGAUAAAAUAUCAAAACAGUUUAUUUUGUAUUUAUUUUCGUUCAUGCUAGCAUUUAUACAACAUGUGUUGAACUUCGUACCUUUUUUUAUCGAACGAUUAAGUAUUUCCACCUUUAUCGCUAGUUUUGCAGUUGGAUUUUUGGUGGAUAUUUUUUUUUUCUAGUUAGACAGACGUCCAUUAUGUAUAUAUGUCAGUUUCUAAACAUCUUUACAUAACCCUAAUAUAUAUUAAGAGUGAUGUAUGUUCCUUUUACAACGCUGGAAAAAUGAUGCAAUAUUUGUAGGAUAAGAAUUUUCCGAGAUAAAGUCACGCUUUCAUGACAUUCAUUCACACUCUACGCGCAAUUUGAAGUAACACAUGGACGAGCGAAAUAAAAUCGAGUCGUUCAUAAAGGGUUUUAAAUUGUCGUCACUGACGUACAAAAGGGUGAUGCACUUGCUGCACGAGGAGAUGAAGCGGGGCUUGUGUAAGAAGUCCCAUGGUCGUGCCGACAUUAAAAUGUUCCCCACCUUUGUAAGGUCCCUCCCCGACGGGUCAGAGAAGGGCAGUUUUCUGGCCUUGGACCUCGGUGGAACAAACUUCCGGGUAUUACUCGUCAAACUGAAUGGACAUGAUGUAGACAUACAGAGCAAAACAUACCUCAUCCCCCAAAGGGUUAUGUUAGGGACGGGUACCCAGUUAUUUGAUCACAUAGCGGAAUGCAUAAAGAAAUUCAUGGAUGAACAUAAUUUAUUAAACCAAAAACUGCCAUUAGGAUUCACAUUCUCUUUUCCCUGCAAGCAAGAAGGUCUGGCUAAAGCUCGUUUAUCACAGUGGACUAAAGGCUUCCGGUGCGAAGGGGUCGUAGGCGAAGACAUAUGUCGCUUAUUACAUGAAGCAUUACACAGAAUCAAGAUUAACUCCGUUGAAGUGGUUGCCGUCGUCAAUGAUGCUGUGGGUACUCUCAUGUCAGCGGCCCACAGUGACCGACAGUGUGAAAUUGGUCUUAUAUUAGGUACUGGAUGCAAUGCGUGUUAUAUGGAAUCUCUUGAUAACGUUGGGUUAUGGGACGGAGAACGCGACCAUCCAAACGAGGUCAUAAUCAACACGGAGUGGGGCGCUUUUGGAGAUAAUGGUUGCUUAGAUUUCAUAAGAACUGAGUACGAUCGUGAACUAGAUAAUUUCUCCAUUAAUCCUGGAAAACAAAUAAUGGAAAAGAUGAUCUCUGGAAUGUACAUGGGUGAGACCGUGAGAUUGGUACUAGAACGACUCACCAUGGACGAACUUCUUUUCUCCGCAAUCGAUAGAGACAGUGAACUUUUCAUCCGAGGUCGAUUUUAUACAAAAUAUGUGUCUGAAAUUGAGAGUGACCAUGACGAGUUCUUCAGAGGUACCAAGCAGGUUUUAGAUGAACUGGGUAUUGAAAACUACACAUCUGACGAUUGCAAAAUUGUUAAAUACGUUUGCACGCUUGUAUCUGCGCGUGCAGCAUUCCUCUCGUCUGCUGGCAUCGCCACUCUGAUAAACCACCUGAAGAGAAAGACGAUGACGAUUGCUGUGGAUGGAUCGCUAUAUCGGUUCCAUCCUCGAUUCCACAAUCUGAUGGUUCUGAAAAUUCAGGAACUCGUUAACCCUGGACAUAAGUUUAAAUUGGUGUUGUCUCAUGAUGGUAGUGGAAAGGGCGCAGCGCUAGUUGCAGCAGUGGCGACGAGACUCCAGGAUAAAAAGGCGGUUGUGGAGUGAACAUUUUGUUGUUAUUACAUUGCUGAAAAUACUGGAGGAAGAAUCUUGCAUUAAAUUGCGAUAUCACGUGAUAUUUGUUUUCCCGUCAUGUGAUUACGUUCUUCAUUCUACCCGUUCUGCGUCGGCAGCAUUACAUUGGGACUAGAUUUCUCUGUAACGUUACCUUAUGCAUUUUACAGAAAAGGUUGCAGCAAGAUCAUCGACAAAUGACUAGCUUACAGCGCAAAAAUUAUAUAUAUAGCUCGCCUAUACAUGUAAUACAAUCUCAUGUGCUAAGUGAUGAUAGAUGUUGAAUUUUGUGUUAUGAAAACCAAAUUACAUAUACAUGUGAGAAACACAAAAGGUUGUAUACUACAGGAUUUGUUUCCCUUAGAUCAGUAUGGUAUGUAUAUCAAAUGGAGGGCUUAUGUUUUCUAACUUUGAAAUAAAAAUCUACCCCUUUGCUAACGAAUUGAAUGUCAUUUUUCAAGAUUAAGAUUUUUAUGGCAUGUUGUUAUAAUAAGUGCAUACUUAUAGUUGUAUAUAUACAUAAAUAUGCUUGUAUAAUAUAUAAUGUAUUAAUAUAUAUAUAUAUAUCCAUGUACAGUUCUGCCAAAUGUGUUUUGAGCUGUUGUUGUGCUAUCAGAAAUUGCUUUCUGUUAUGAUAUAUGGAAUUGUUGUUAUAGAAUAAAACCAAAACUAAAUAAGUA